AUGAAACUUUUGGAAGUUACUGACAAUGGACAAAAAUUGGACUCAGGUUUGGCCUUUCACUAUUGGUGGCUUAAUUUACGUAUACUGGGCAUGCAUCCAACGAAAAAUUAUCGCUUUUUGUAUUAUCUUUAUGCUGUGAUAAUGAACGUUACAUGCACACUUCUUCUACCAGUUACUCUAUGGUUAAAUCUGUUGUACAUCGAUAAUUUUGAGGCACUUCUGAGCAAUUUAUCGAUGAGUGUUACCAUUACAACGGUUGCUUGCAAACAAAUGACGGUCUUGUACUUUCGAAAUUUACUGCUUAAAGUAAACACCUUUCUGGAGCAACUAGACAAACAUGCAAGUUUGAAUCAAGAGGAUCGACAUGAGAUAUUGAAAGCCGUACGUAUAUGCCAUUUAUUUCAUGGAUUCUAUGUGGUGUUCUUUUUUUUGGGAUCAACGGGGCUCUGUGUGAUUGGUUUCACCUUGCAUCAAUUAGUUUUUAAUGGCUGGUUUCCGCGAGUAGUCGAUGAUGCAGAAGUGAAUUAUUAUUUAGCGUUUGCAUAUCAAAGUUUUGCACAAUAUUUUCUUACUGUAAUAAACGCAUGCACUGAUAUGUACCCACAGAGCUAUAUGGUCCUAUUGAUUGGGCACGUACGAACAUUAAAUGCGCGUAUAGAACGUAUUGGUAAGAAUAAAAAUACACACGAGGAGGACAAUUUAAAGGAAUUGGUACAGUGUGUUAAAGAUCAUAAACUUAUUUUGGAGUACUUUGAUUGCAUUAAUCCAGUAAUAUCAACUUCUAUGUGUGUUCAAUUCCUUAUAACAGCUCUCGUACUCUGUUCCAGUACAAUUUAUUUAAUUUCGUACAGUCGAAGUAUAGCAGAAUUGAUCGUUUUUCCUGCACAUCUCUUUGCUCUGCUAAUUGAAAUAUUUCCAUGUUGUUGGUAUAUGGAUGAAUUGCAGAAGGAAACCAGUAAUCUGACAACUGCAGUUUACAGUUGCAAGUGGUAUGAACAGAAUCAAAAGUUUAAGAGAGCUAUAAUAGUGUUUAUGCAGAAUACACAGAAGCCGAAAGUUAUAAUGGCUGGAGGUUUGGCUCCUGUUACUUUACAAAGUUUCGUGGCGAUUAUCAAAUUCGCCUUUUCUUUGUAUACUCUACUGAGUAAUCUCAACACUUCAAAAUAA